GUGGACCCGGCGAUAGUAGUUGUUGCAGGGCGUUUGCUGCGAACGAAAGUGGUGGCAGCAAAUUCUAACUAACUUACUAACAAAUAAUAGCACACACCAAAUAAAUGGUACAUAUAGUGCAAAAGUCUUACUGAGUGUAGUGCAAAAAAAACAUGAAAGUUCAUUAGAAAUAUUUUUUAUUAACAAAAAAAUCAAAAACAUCCACCACUGCGCGGCGACUGCGCACUACUGCUAUUGGUAGAGCUACUGCCAAUACACUAAUACCAGCACAGUUUGCUUAACGGCCGCAACACCCACAAAGUUGUUACAAAAGUUAACUGCACUCAUACCAAAAACGUUAAGUGAGAGAGCAGUUAAUAGAGAGCGCACAACUAGUGUUGCCAAUGCGCAAUACAUGCAGACAACCACAUAACUGAACACACACACACAUAUAUCUAAUCGCAGGUAACUGUGCUUUUGUAUGCGCGAGAGUAGUGAUUAGAGUACUGUAGAGGUCGCAUGCAAAACAACCAGUAAGAUAUACACACAGUUAAUAAAAUAGGCGCGUUGUAACUUUGGUAACGCAAGUGUUGAGUGUUGGUAUUUUGCGAAGAAGGAUUAAAAAUACAGGCACAUUAGAGUAAAACUGCAGCUAAGUUUAGUGGAGAUUUUCAAGCCUCAUAUUCAACAGUUUAAUAGUCUCAAAAUAGCGGCGGUUGAGAGUGAGCCUGCGGGCAAUGUGGGUGAUAUGGCGUUCUCACGCCACAACAUCGAGAAGCGGCGUCUCAUUGAGUUGGUGCGCCUGAAUGCUAUACUCUGGGACUGUCGCCUGCCGCACUAUAAACGUUCCGACAAGAAGAAGGCGCUGAAGUGGAAUGAGCUGGGACGAGUUUUCGGCGUUAGUGGCGAGCGUGUGCAGCGCACAUUCACUUCGCUGCGUGAGAUAUUUCGACGUGAGUUGAACCAUGAGAAAAUGCUGGGCACACGUUUCAAGUCCAAGUGGGAGUACUAUGAUGCGAUGGCGUUCUUAAAGGAAGUCAUAAGGGAACGCAAAUCACGUGAGCGCAAUAAACUGUCGGUCGACGCGCAGGCACAACAAAACACACAACAACAGCAUAGCAAUAACAACAGCAGCGCUAUCGAUGAGUAUCAGUAUUUUGCGCCGAAUGAUCCCAAUAAUCCCAAUAACCAACAGUUGGCGCUUGCAAACGAACCGAAACAACAGCAACUACAACAACCACAGUACCAAGCAUUGCAGCAACAGCAGCAACAACCACCACUUCUGGGUGGUUUGUCGUUUCCCACACUGCCACAAUUGCAACAGUUGGCGCCGUUAAAUGAGCCUCAACAGUCGCAGCCACAGCCAAAUUCACAUGCCACAGCGCAACUGCAACAACAACCGUUGCACAGCAUUCAACCAGAUGUGAUACUCAGUAUGAAUGCUAACGCGAUCUCAACCCUACAAAAUCUUGGAAACAUCAAUGGAAACGCUGCAUUUACUGGCAAUUCCAGACCACCUUCGCAGCAGCAACAACAUGCACAAUCAGCACUGCAACCGGCCCAACCGCUACCGCUGCUUCAGCUGCAGUCUCAGCCACAACCACCGCCGCCGGGCACACAAUCGCUCGUAGACAUUUCGAGUUCACACUCUUCGGUUUCAAGCUCGCCGUCGAUUUACAUUAAAGAGGAGCCCGAUUCGCCGGACACACUUUCACUCACCACCAUCACCAUAAAUGAACAGAACUCGUCAUAUUCACCACGGCACAAUGCAAUCAAAAAUAAAAAUGCUCAAAAUUCGAAUAAAGUUGGCUUGCCACUCAAUAAUGUCACAAACAGCAAUGGUGUUUUCAAAGCACAGCCCAAAAAUCAUAUACCGCGCUCUUCUGCGAGUGUAAUUAUCGACGAAGACUUCGCAGAGCCCGAUGUUGAGUUAGACGAUCUCGACGAUCCGGAUGUGGAUAUGCUCGACGAUGGUAACCUCUCGGCUGCGAGCACUUAUACACUCGGCAUGACGGGGAAGCCAAGCAGGCCUUCGGCACGUGAAAUACUCUACACCAAGUUUGGUGACUUUUUGGCCGCACGUCUUAAUACACUAAAUGAGACUGUUGCUAAUGAUUUGAUGAAUCGCAUACUGCUGCUAAUCGCUGAAAAAUAGAAAGAAAUUACUGUUGCCAUACUCCAUUUAUAGACUUUUUAAGCGUUAUCUGCGCUACUAACUCAUAUACCAAAUAUAGAUUCCGUUUCUCGUAUUAAUUUUGUAUAACUAUUUUCGUAUGUAUAUAGAUCUGUAAAAAGUACUUUAUAAGCGACAUUAGCAAACUGUGUUUCUAUAAGAACAAUUCAAUAUGUAUGAGUCUGAAUAUACCUAUAUCUUUAAGUCAUAUCAACUGGCCAUAAUCAUAGUGUAAGAAAAUAACAUACUAUAAGAGUACAAUAUGUGACCUACUUGAAAAGAGCUCAAAAUACCGUGUACGUUUUAAAAUGAAAUAAAUGUUUAUUCGCCUAUGGAAUGCUACCUAUGUCUUGUUUAGCUGGGUCCCACUCAUGAUAUUGAUAUUCAUAUUAAUAAGCUUUAUAAUGCAUUGAGCUUAGUGGUAACUCAUUAUUAUAUACUCACAAUUGACAUCAAGCUCUACAAAGAAUAAUAUAAGCAAGACUACGAUAUUCAAGGUGAUAAACGAAGCGAACGCCGCAUAGUAAAUGCAAAAAAGGUUUUUUUGCUACUUUGAUCCAAGACGUUACGAAUUGAUGCAUUUUUCUAUUAAAAUCCAAAAAAUGAACUAAACGAAGAGAUCAUUCGCGAUCUCGACAUAUGUAUAUAACAAAUUACUGAUAUUUCUGUCAUGUCUCAUAAACUAGAACAUACACACUGCUCAAAUAAUUAGAGGCAUCCGCCCUUGAUGGGCUCAAAAACCGGAUUUUUUUUCAUAAAUUGAUUUCUUAACAUGUCUAGACCACGGCAGUAAGGUGUUUUUUUUUUUUAAAUUCGAAGCCGAAGAAAGUGUGAGCCCAUUUUUUCGAGGUGGGAGUGUUCAGAACGUCGCACAGUGGUUCCGCCUAUAGUCCAGAAAUCAAAAAAUCCACCUCACGAUUUUUGUCAAAAUGUAUACCGAUGAGAUCUAAAAAACCUAUUUGCAAACUAAAAAUAUAAGGGUACUUUCUAAAAAAUAGAGUUAAUUCCAUGAACACCCGUACAUUUCCAAAGCAUAAAAACUUUUUUGAAACAUUUCGUUAGCAACAACGAAUUUCAAAUUGUUCCGUCCGAAUUAGAGAAGACAUUAUGAGUUUUUGUUCUAAUUAUAAUG